UGAUUCGCAGGAAGAGUAAAAUCUCUGCAAAGGCCAACACUGGCAGUCGGAUCGACCGUCAGUCGAUUUUGGCGUGUUAUCGCGGGCGUACGGAAAACCAUCGGAGUCUCCGCAAAACCGUAAUUCCGCGGGAUCAUCAUUGUGAUCCUUGGACGGAAAUUGGGGGAAUUAGCCGCUACGGUUUAUUACAAAAUUUGGUGUUUGAAUAAUUGGGUGGGAAAAAAUCGUUUAUAUAAACGUGAGGAAUGCCGUCUUCUUAGUAUACUAGGAAAUGGGGAUUUUCCCACGCCGCCAGUCCAUGGCAUUCAGCGGUGUUAAGAAAUCAUUGAAACGGCGGAAUAAUUUAUUAGUUUGGAAGUGAUGAGAAUGGAUAGUGUUAGAAAUGCCGGGAAUGUCAGCUUGGAGAAAUAUUGCAAGGAGUUGUCUCACCCUCCGGAUGCUUUUUUAUUGCUUCUGAUUAAAGUAUUGUGGAAAAAAAUUAUGUGAACGAUGAUGAAGUGCAUUUACAAGGAAAGUUGUGUCCAACGCAACGCACAAGUAGUACGAAUGGGAAACUACAUUAUGAAUAUAUUAAAACGAUGCUACAAGAUUUAUCAUAAUAAUCUAUGUCAUGCUUUGUAGAUUAUAGUCAAAACGCUUGGUACUUUGUCAGUCUCCAAAAUAACGGCGCAGACGGAGAUGAAGAAAAUCGUACACAACCGAUCGCAGAUGUUGUUGGUGUUUUUCGUUUAUCAAACGAUGUCACCUGACAUCGUUUCUGACAUCCGGCACCAGUAGACGUUGGAACAUCCAUUAAUUAUACCGUACAAAAAAAAUUAACUCAGUGCAAAAUAUGUCUUGAGACAUCCCGUGAGUGAUGGAGGAGUGUACGAAUGUUAUUCACGGUGUAGUGAAGUAUUGAAUUUAACCAGCUGAACAAACGCACGGAAACAAAAUCAAUAACAAUCGCACACUCACACAGAAUGUGCAGCGAUUUCUGAAUAACACAACAAACGAGUGUUAUAGUUAUUUUUUUUCAUCUUGGCGCGUAAACGGGUUUGCGGUGAGAUAUUUCUGUGGUCCGGCGAGAUCAGACCAAAAACAGGAGUUGGUCACGUCCAGUGGCACCAUGCGUCACGGUCAACCUCACGACUUUGCAUCACAAGCCAGCAAAUUCGAGAGGAGUCAUCAUCAGUAGCAAGGACACAGAGACAAAGAGGCGGCUUUCGUUCGCUCAUACAACCGACAACCGCACGCAGCUGCCCAUAAAUAACGAGUUUAGUCUGGUGCUUCUGCAGCUGCCGUCGCAAUGGAACUUGGAGCAAACGAGUGGUAUUUAGUGGUUAACUUUGGUGAUUCUAGACCGGCAUAGUAAGAAUAAUGUUCAGAGAAUGGCAAUUGUAUCAGUGAUACCGGUGAGCAACAUUACAAACUCGAGUGAUAAUGGCAGCGGGACAAAUGGGACCGCUGAGGGUGGGGGAGAGGGAACAGUCGGAGGCUGUCCCAGGCCUGAUGAAACUCUAUACCCAAGUAUGUUUGGAAUUGACCUAGCGGUGCCUCAAUGGGAAGCAAUAGCAACGGCACUGGUGCUAACGCUCAUCAUCAUCAUUACCAUUGUAGGCAAUAUACUGGUGAUACUGAGUGUGUUCACGUACAAACCUCUGAGGAUAGUGCAAAAUUUCUUCAUAGUGUCGCUAGCGGUAGCGGAUUUGACGGUGGCCAUUCUGGUGCUCCCAUUCAACGUCGCCUAUUCGAUAUUGGGCCGCUGGGAAUUUGGCAUCCAUGUGUGCAAGAUGUGGCUGACUUCGGAUGUGCUUUGCUGCACGGCUUCUAUUCUAAAUCUGUGUGCAAUUGCAUUAGAUAGGUAUUGGGCCAUUACUGAUCCAAUUAAUUAUGCUCAAAAGCGUACUUUGGAGCGGGUGCUGGCAUUGAUUGCUGGUGUGUGGGUACUAUCUUUCCUAAUAAGUUCCCCGCCAUUGAUCGGAUGGAAUGAUUGGCCGGAGGAAUUCUCCAGCGAGUUUCCGUGUCAAUUAACAAGCAAUCAAGGUUACGUCAUCUAUUCCUCCCUCGGAUCAUUUUACAUCCCACUGAUCAUCAUGACGAUUGUGUACAUCGAAAUCUACAUAGCAACUCGUCGGCGACUGCGGGAGAGAGCACAAGCGUCGAGGAUUAAUGCACUAGCUAGUAGAAGCAUUGGAGUGGCAAGUGACAAGGAACUGGCCACGGUUCAACGUCAGCCAGACCAGGAAUCAAUUAGCAGUGAAACCAACCACAACGAACAUCCCAUCAUCAGUACCAGUAGUAGCAGUAACGAGCAUCGGUCCCAGCGGAAGCGGAAGAAGAAAGCCAAAGAGAAAAAAGAAGCCAAAGAAGCGGCAAAGCGUGCCAAGCAAGCAGCAAAAAAGCAACUUCGGAUAUCACUCCGGGACGAAGACUCUGUCACGGAAUUUCCGGAAAAUUCAUCCGCUAGUGCGAAAGCAAACUGUGAUAUUAAAUCGGCCACUAACCCCAAUGGUGCUCCAGCGACUGGAGUGAACGGGGACGAUAAGACUAAUCUCGCCGGAGUGACUGCAACCAACGGAAACAACACUGGCGAUAAGAAAACAUCAUCGACAGCGGCGGUUGCAACGGCAGCUGACCCCAAAAGUCGAAUGAAACAAUCAUUCCGCAAGACUGGCGGCAUUAAUCAGUUUAUCGAGGAAAAGCAAAAGAUUUCCCUGUCGAAGGAACGUCGGGCGGCCAGAACGCUCGGCAUCAUCAUGGGAGUAUUCGUGGUUUGCUGGCUUCCCUUCUUCCUCAUGUACGUAAUCCUGCCGUUCUGUCCGAGCUGCUGUCCCACGAAUAAAUUAAUUAAUUUUAUCACAUGGUUAGGUUACAUCAACUCCGCUCUAAAUCCAAUUAUUUACACAAUAUUCAAUUUAGAUUAUAGGCGAGCAUUCAAGCGAUUGCUUGGAAUUAAACAGUAGGAUUCACAUUGUCCAUCCCAUCCUGAAAUUCUGUUCAACGCGAGAAAAUUCAGUCAAAAAAGUUAAUGCAAUGAGUGGGUGUUGGCGUAAAUCAUACUCAAUGUCAUCUUUUUUCGAAAGGUUGACAACGAAAAGUUAUACGCCUGCAAAAUUAUAGUUCCAUUUUUAUAUUUUAUUUUGUUAUAUAAAGGUGUGCCUGUGACAAUGCAAAGUACACAUUAUACGUUCUUUUUCCAAGAAUAUUGCCAUUUGAGAUCCGAACGAGGAAUAUAUUCGAUGGACCCCCAAAUAUAGUUUUGAUUGCAUCAUUGAUUGUUACUGAAAUAAGAUGAAAAAAAGACACUCGCAUCCAUAGUGAAAUUAUUGUUUGUUUACCAUCGCCAAUGUACCAGUUUCAUGAAUUGAGAGGAACUUAUUUCACUCGUAAAUGACGAAAAAUGCCAACUGCACUCACAGCUUCAGCAUAUCACACAAUCAUCAGUAUGAGGACGUUGUUGCUUGAGAUUAUUAUCAUUUAAAGUCACAAUUAAAUCAAACAAUUGUCGUUUCCUUGCCAUAUUUGCAUUUUUAACCUAUCUCUCAUUGACUAUUCAAAAUCACGAACCGGAAUCGUCGCCAAACCAAUCACUUUCUAGUCGACAUGAUAUUAUGAAGUUCCUCUCACUUUCUGUGGAAAGUAUUCUCGAAGCUUCUGAAGCUUGGAGUUAUUACACAUUCUCAACAUAUGUAAUCCCACACUCUUCUGGACCCGGAUAGGCAAUUUAGUUUCGUAACUGCGUCGCACAGUUGGAAAGCUUAAUGCCUUCCGGCUGUUGCGUACCCAACAAUCGGCACAGCAACUGUCGCUAAUGUCUAUGCGUGAUUAUUCCUCUCCGAAAGGAUAGUCUAGCCAUCGGCUCUUCACUUCAAUUACUGCAUACCCAGCAUUCCCUGCGAUACGAACCCAGAUUGACUCCAGUGCAAUCGAGUGCACUUGUCACCGAGGCUCAAUCGCUUGCAAAUUGUGAAUACAUUGCACACAAUCGGUUUCCGUCCAAGAGGCAAACGGUUUAUUCACAUUUCACGGAUUCUAUUUGUUAUCAAACCAUCCGUCGAUUGUUCAUACUUCCCAUUGUUGAGUUUGACAUGUUUGAUUGCCUCAAAUAACAGUAGGGACUUCCCGAGUGAUGGUUUGUAAUUGAAAUUGCGCUCAGGGGAAAGUGUUGUAUUCUGUUUGAAUUCAAUGUCAAUGUCGAUUCAAAUAUGAAAUAACUGCUAAACUGCCGUUAUACGCAUAGUUGUCCCAUGUUCCAAAAUCAGCAACUGAGAAAAAUGCAAUCAAAUUUUUCUCGCAUAUUUGUCUACCUAAAGCUUUAAGCAUUUCAAUUUAGCAAUACACCAGUUUUUUUUUAAUAAGCACUAUACUAUUGAUUUAUGAAAUGUGAUGAGAUCCCCUGAAUCAAUCAAGCUUGAUUACGGGUUUAAAAAUUCAUGGUGGGACUGUUAUAAUAUAAUAUCAACAUGGGACAAUUGAACUUGAUGUUGUUUUUGAUAUACUGGGAACAAACAAUAUUUGUUUUGUGUUUUUCCGAAAUAUUAUAUUAUGCAUAGAAACACCGUUUUAUAAAGGAAUGAGUGAUCUGCAACACCUGCAACACCAGAAUAUAAAUCUCAUUGUUAUUAGGAAUUCGCUAACACGGUGUACACGUGUUCUGUUAAAUACAUGGCGGGACAGUUAUGAAUAGAAUAUCAACAUGGGAGAAAUUUUUGAUUAUUUGAGCUUGAUGUUAUUUUUUUUAAAGCUGGGAAUGAACCAUAUGUUUUUUUGUGUUUUUCCGCAAGAUUAUGCAUAAAAACAACGUUUAAUGGAGAAAAGUGAAAAUCGUCAAAAAGUAACAACUAUGCGUAGAACGGCAGUAAAGUGCACCAAAUUCUGUUCGCUGUGACAAUCGGUGUUGCUUCGUUUCAUUAAUUUGAUGUACCAGUGCUGUAAUUGCAGUAAUCGAUACCACGUGUGGGGCUGCUGUCACGUAUCUAAUUAAUUUUGACUAUAAUAUAGGUGUGUAUGGACGAUAAAGGCCUCAAUUGAUUAUUAUCACUGAUCACUGACCGACUUUAUCGGAUACUCUGCGCUGAUGAAUUUCUGGAUGUUUCAAGACACCGGUUCUUUCGAGUGCCACAGUUAACACUGAUUUUCAAAGUUCCACACAGCUGUCAUAAACAUUACCUUUUCGAGUGAUUAUGAAUUUUUUCGGUCUGUAAUAAGUCUUUUGUUGUUGUGUUAUCACAAAUAAUUCGAUGUUCCCUGUGUGCGUGAGCGACUUUUUCUUCGACGACGAUGAAAAAGAUACACAAGAUAAUUCAAUGGAAUAAAUUUUUCUUUCAAGCCUUCUCAAAAAUCCUCCGACGCCUUCAUCAGUUUAUUUGCAGCAGUCAUGGCGAGAACAGUCAGCCAUCCUGGAGCGAAGUUGUUGGACAUCGUGAGGUACUUUAUGUCCGUCAGAUGUAAUCGAUCCGGCAUUUAAAACUUCCUCUCCCUUUUGGAAAAAGGAGAGAGCAUCGAACGGAAGCUUGGUUCCGGUCACUCGAUGGUGAAGCGCUACCGUAAAGUUCAGUAGAAACUGAAGAAAACGACCGAGAGCAAGGUGGCUAUAUUGUUCAGCACCUUGUGCUGGGAGGUCGGAGUAUCCGUCCAAACUACGAAGAAGUACCUAACCAAAAUGAACAUUUUUAUGCUGAAGCGUCAGUCGAAGCCGACAAUGUCUGAACAGCAGAAAGAGCUGAAAAAAGCGCUGGUGCAAACCUUUCCGGUGGAGUGCGACGUCAUGGUCAUAAUGAAUGGACUAUCAGAUAAUUGAGUACGUGGGAGGCGAUCUGGCGUAGUGGUAACAUCCAUGCCUCUCAUGCUGAAGGUCACGAGUUCAAUUCUCACUCCCGACAUUCUUCCAAAAAUGGAAGUAAAAGUGACGAACCAGCCAAAUGAGUCUUUUGGCUUGACCUUUCUUUGGACCGGCUAAAGAUAAAUGUUGUACCGAAGACCGCCAACUCAACCCAAUGUUCCCAGGCUGUGAAUGAUGAAAAAUUUCCGGGCGAAUCUCAAACGGAAUAUCUUCUUCAAUAAUUUCGUGGCUUGAACGGUGAAGAGUUUUAUCACCAUGAAACGGGAAGGUACUUCUGCAGAGCUGUUUAAUUUUAACGAAACUUUUUUCAUUUAGAUGGUCCAAAAGGUCACCUUUUUGAUGGUGAUCAAUUUACAAAAUUGUUUUUGGGUACAUAAAAAGCACUGAUGCCAUAACCUCCUUGAAUUCGACAUUCUUAUUGGCUUCGUUGCUGAACGAACCUCAGUCCACUUCGUAGUUUGUUGUCGCGGUUCAAGAACGUAGUGGUAAACCCAAAUCAGUUUCAUUAUUACGAGUUGACGCACAAAUUCAGAUUGCAUGAGCUUGAGAUUCGAUUUGUUUGUAUCGACUCGACAAUGAAAUACAGUGUUCAGGUUAACUUGAGUUCGUAGAUCAUCUAUCUUUGCGCUUUCUUUGGUUUUAACCUCACUCCAUGGACAUGGUGAUUUUUUCUCAUGCGUCCGAGUACUCCUUCCUAAUCUUCUCAAUACGGGAUUCUAAUUUGUUGGUCAAAUUUGUCUUAGUGGAAGCGUCGAUUAGGCGAUUCAAUUUUAUUUAUAUAGAUUAUAAUAAGUUCAAUGUUCAAUGAAAAGACGAAUCAGGAAUAGUUCUGAUAAAUAGUUGCAGCAGAAGAAAGGUAUUCUGCGUGGAAUUACGAAAUACAUUGCAAUAUUGUUCAACCUCUACCGACAUUUGAAUUAGAUGACUGAUUCCCGCCUUUCUGGUAGACUGUGAGCAGUGUUGCCACAUUUCCAUCAAGAAGAUUUUUAUUUUUUUCUUCAAAAAAUCUGAACCAUCAAAAAUUUUAACUAUAGAGAAGAAUCUGUUUUAUUAGCAUGAAAAAUAUUCAUUUAUCAACUACAAAAUAUAAUAUUUACUUAUUAACUUUACAUCCACAAUUACUUACUACAUACACUACAUUUAUUGCAAAUGUACAUUUGGCAGUCUACUAGGGAUUGCUUUACAGUGCCAAAACUUUAAUAACCGGUUAUUCGGUAAUGAAAAUUUCUUUACCGACAAGAAAUACUUUGAAGUAAACCAUUUUCUUUAAUAGUAAUAGUAAUUAAUUUUCAAGAAAACAUUUUGUAAGUUCUUGCUACUUAGUUGUUGGUUAAAGUAAUUCUUAGGGACACAAAUAAUGUUAAUUUAGUCGUCUUCUGAUCUUAGCCGUAUCUCAUGAAUGAAAUUUCCAGAAGAGUACGUUCAUAGUUCAAUGAUGUUGGGCGUACAAAAAAAGCAUCAAAUACAAUUGUGAUGUAUUUGCCUCUGAUGCCCUCUGAUGCCCUCUGUUAAUACCUUUGGUUGCUGCAAUCGUCGUUCAAGUUUUCUCUUGAUACUCAACUAUUCUGCAGGUCCUGCAUCGUCAAGUGGAUUUUUUCUCUCCUGUCGUCCAGCUACUGAAGUCUGAAGUCACGACCGAUUUCAAAUGCCUGCUUGAUCAAUGCAGUCCGUGACGUUUGAUAGAAGACGCCGAAAAGCUUCCAAGCAGCUGCUUCGAAAUUUCUGAUGGUUACUGUCCUAACAUAAAUUGCAAUCCGACGUCAGCUUCAUAAAAGGUGCAAUUCAUCCGCCAUAGCAGUUCAACAGCGACGAGAACUGGUUCGAGGGCAUCAACCAAUUCCUUUAUCGCUGUCUGUUCUUCAUCGCUGAAGAUUAGUCUCGUCUUCAAAUCGAGCAGCUAUGAAGCUGAAGCUCGGAGGUCCUGGAAUCGGCGCAACACUGCCAGUUGUGUUUUUUCGAUCUUAUUUUGAUUCUCGAGUAAUAUUUCGAAGCUGCAUAAAGGUAAAUAUUAUUUAUGGUGUAAAAAUUAAAUUACCGAAAUUACCGGUUAUUGAUUGUAAAAUUACUGGUAAUUCGGUAAUGACAAAUAACCCGGUAUUACCGAUAAAACCGGAAACGGUAAAACCGGUUAACAAUCCCUAAAGACCUAAAGCCUACACCCAGACUAGCGUUGCUAGAAAGCAUUUCAUUUUCGGCAGAAACCAUGUCUUUUCAUGCCUUGUAUCGUCAAAUGAGCAAAUAAUGUCAUCUGUCCUCCAACGCUUUGAAAUGUUUGUAUGUAUGGAAGCAGACAUCUCUUUCUUUUUUCUUUUGACGUAGGACUACGUCUUACAUUAAGGGUGCCAAAUCAGAAAACAGGUCACGUUUUUAUGGAAUAAAGUUAACGUUAAUAACUGUUUUUGCUGCGAAUGGUUUUUGACGAUUUGCAUACACCCAAAAUUGACUUUUAGCUCAUAUUUUGUCAUCCCGAUUUAUGACAUUAAAUGAGACAUAACAUAACAGAAAAUGUCAUGACUCACAAAUACUGGUAAUAUACAUGGUACAGCAAUAUAAGAUUAAUACGAGCGAGCUAAACAAAAGACAAAUAAGCCUUCCGCAUGCUUUGCCACAUACACGGCCCAGACCGAGAUAGAUAUUGUUCUUCUUUCAUGCGCUCCUUUUUUACUCUUAGGAAACACUUUCCAACUUCAUUAUAUAAUCAGGUGCAAUAUUAUCAAGUAUUAGCUGAACAACUGUUGAAGCAUCAUUAGCCAUGUGGAUAGCGUGGUCGUGUAAAAUUGCUCUGCACUCCAGCCGGCUUUGGUUCGAUCCCCAUUGACGUCGUAUGGGCUUUUUUUUGGCAUAAUCCCAAAUACAAUGAGAAAAGAAAACAAAAAGAGAUGUCUGCUCACAUACAUACAAACCAUUUUUAAGCUUUUCAAACAGCUCAUUAUUUGCGCAUUUGACACUCCAGCACACGAAAUGGCAUCAUUUCUGCCGAAGAUGAAAUGUUUUCUGCCAGCGCUAGUUUGGGUGUACCAAUCGAAGUGCACCCGUGGCCGAGUGGUUAGCGUCUCACAUUAUCAUGCCGGGUGUUCGAGUUCAAUUCCCGUUCUGGCCGGGGGUUUUUCGUUAAAGAAAUUUUCCUCGACUUGCACUGUGGUCACGCUUAUUCAAGAGCUUGCCCCUCGGAAUACAUUCAAGGUGUGUUAUUUGGCUUAAGUAAUCUCAACUAAGUAUUAAUAAAUAACGCUAGUUAAUGCAUACGUUAAGACGGCAAAAGUUUCACAGGGAACGUUAACGCCAUUCAAGAUAUCAAUUCGUUCUGCUCUGAGUUUACGGAAUGUAAAUAAAAGGAAAUAUCCCUAGUUUUGCCAUUCAUUGAUUUUAAUACACCAGGUCAUUGAAUAUCAUUAUCGUUCUCGGACACUGACGAAACUGUAUAGUUCUAUUAGUUCUCGCAGCUACUCGCAGAUGAUUUUCAGCUGUCUUCCCAUUGAAUGAAAUUCCUAGUCCAGCCGCCUAGGAUAAUCGAUUCAGAAGAAGUUUUGUUUCGUCCCAUUCGAAAAACGGAACGGCAAGAUUUCGGUUUGCGAUUAUCUUGAGCACAUAUUCAACUUAUAGUUGAUGAUCAACGGGAACCGGCAGCUUGGGAAUAAGUCGAGUUUUUUUCGCCGACGGAUCAAACUCCUUCAGCAGAUCAUAUUCACUAGAUAAUUCCGGGUGUUGCGAUCGGAAAUGACGGAAAACCUACGGAAAUUAUUUACAUCUACCUUCGGAUGACGAAGUUUGCAGUCGCUAGUCGGAUCGAUUUUGUAGAAGGCCUCCUCGCCGUCCUAGCUAAUGCAAUCUUUAGUAAUUUCUGUAAAUGUGUGUGUAUAUCUUGCUCUUUUGUUGGCAUCAGUCUUCGGAAUGCAACGCGGUGCUGACGUGCAACUUUUUUUUUGCACUCAGUUGAACUCUUUCUCCUUGUACACACAUGCGCUCGGGCGAAUCAACGCGUACCGAAACAAAGUUUGAAUGUUUUGUUGUUAACACCGUUCGCUUUAAGGUUCGAACAUCCUUACUGCACCGUAUCCUUACACCGGUUUAUAUACCCAGUUUUAAACCGCGCGCGAAUCUGGUUUGUCUGCUUUGCUUUUUUUUUGUUGAGUUAUUUUUCAUCACACAAGCAUACACGGUUGGUAUGGAGGCGCGCUUUUGUUUUGAUGCUCAGUUUAGAACGAACGGAGACAAAAGGGUGCCAGAAUUUGAUGUGUGUGUAUAAAAUGAGGCGGGCAUCACACAAAAGAAUAGCGAUGUUCAAAAUCUGAUUUCUGCGCUGUGUUCAUUUUGCGCUCACUUGUUUCUAAAUUCAGUACACUUCGUACCAAAGAGAAACGUGUUUGUCAUGAACGCGCGCUGAUGAAAAUUAAACUCGAGCGCAGCGCUGCGUAUAUUUUCUGAAGACUGAUUAGCAUUUUCGCUUGAACUACUGAUUUGCGUUGUUAUUUCAGAAUUAACUGACUUCUUCUUUCUUCUUCUUCUUCUUCUUCUGUCCCAAUGAGAAAAUCACACACCUGCUAAGAUAAUGAAAAUGAGCAGUCACAAAAUUCCUGACAAUUCAAUGAAUGUAUCAAUAAAAAGAUAUGAAUGAAGUAUCAUGACUCGAACUUUAAAGAAACCUCAGAUCGAAUAACGAACAUGAAUGAACACAGUAGUAAAUUUGUUUGACGUCGAAUGAAUGAUAGCAGUAUCGACAAGCGAAAUAAACGCGUUACACUGAUAAAAAUCUGUUUUCAAUAUUCAUGAUAAGCUGCAUAUUUCCAAGCCCUGUUUUAAGCUAUCCAUCGUUGACGGCUCUACGAUUUAUCGUGCAACUUCAUCUUCUUUGCAUCAAAUAUGAUACGUUUUAUUAACAGAAUUUUAUUGCGAUUUUAAUGUCAAAUACGUCGCUAUUGAUAUAUUGAUCCAACCAAUAAAGAAAAAAUUAUUUUAACAUAAGAAAUUACUUACAUACAGUUCAACCUAUUUUGGUGCAAGGGAUAGGGAUUGCAUCAAAAAUCGUACUGAGCAUCACAAGUUUUUGGAAAAUAGCAAUAAAACAUAUUUUACUGUACACACUUAUGGUCUAUGAAAUUUUGCAUGCAUUCGAACCACUUUUCAUUCAUGAUACACAAAAACAUGAUUUUUGAGAGCGUCCAUGUAGGUUGAAGGUUGUGCAGUUGAUCUGCAUGAGAAAUAAGUUUCCAAGACCGGUGGUGUAGUGGUAAGCGUGACUGCUAUUUUCUCUUAUGUCCAUAAGCUUUUUGAUGAUGACAAUGCAUAUAACAUUCCAGCAGCUUCAAAGAACCGAUCAUUCAGUAUGCGUAGAGAAUACCGAUUUCAGUUCGCUCAGAUAGGUUCAAAUGCAUCAAUCAGAAAUGGCUCUGGAUGAAGUGAAAGGUGAAAAAACAAUUUUUAUUCCUCAAUUUUCCAGAUUGAGAAACCUUUCUUCGGAUAAACAAAUGAUUGCGUGCCAUUCUGAGUUGACUGAGAUACGUUGACUCUGAGGGCAUCUUGACACACUAAAGGCGUUCAUCUACUCCUAAAUGCUACGAGUGUGAUUUUUUUGUCGAUUUCGCCUAAUCUUGGAAAACCACUACAUUCAAAUGCUGUUUCCCAAUAAUUAAUUGGAUCCAUGAUUCAUCGUACGUUAGAAUCCUUAGUAGAGAACCUCAUUGUAUUUAUCAAUCAAUUGUUUGCGCCAAUCGACAGGAGCAUAUGUUUGAGAAUUUGACAAAUACAAUAUACAAUAUUUAUAGAACUAAGCAUGGCUCAAUGAAUGCCGUAGUGUGUCACACAAUGGUUUUGAAUUAUUAAUUUUUGGCACAUCAUUUUUUUUUUCUAAUGGACUUUGUGUUUUUAAUCUAAUUCUGUCUAAAAUUCGAUUUUGUCGUCAAAUUCGAUGGUGGACAAACAUUCAAAAAACGCAAAUGGUAGUCUAAAAAUUUCUAGAUUUCUGCUAUGAGAAUUUCAUCUCUUUCAUGCAAAAAUAAUGCCAAUGGGGAUGUAGGAGCAAAGCAAUGAAAACACUGACGGUGUAUGAAAAGAAAGCCAAACGGGCUAUUAAGUAUGCUUCUCGAUGGACUUUCACAUAGUAUACUGGGAUACCGUAUCAUCAUCCCACACAAACAUAUCCUUUCUGGACAUAGAAAUAGCAAAGCUUUUAACUCCGCAGUCGACGGAGUGUCUCAACAAUGGCAAUUUCAUCAAAGCAUCGGAAACAAGGAAAACAUUGUCUGCUUGACUCCCUGCCCACUUCUCGGGGGGUGAGAUACAGAUAGAGAAAAGCAUUGCACUGUCGGUCAGGAUUCAUAUCGCAAGCUUUACUGGGGUUUUAUGCUCGAGGGAUUUGUCGUUGUUUUGAAAAUGCAAACAAUGGACAUGUAUUGUACUCACCUGUCUUCUGUCAGAAUACAGAAUAAUACGAAACGGUUAACUGCGUAUGAAAAAUGCAUGGUUAUAAACUUGGAUCGAUGUGUAUUUCAUUAGACUGCUCGAGUAACACAUUUCCAGGAAAAUAUUUCGUUCGUAAGUGUGUUGACGUUUUUAAUUUAAAAGGAAAGUUUUCUCGCGUUGAUCCCAAUAAACCAUUUCUGAAGAAACAAAUAACAAAAUUUUACUUUUUCGUUGAUCACAUCCGCGCUCUGCAUGCGGAUGCUCGAAACGAAACUGUCAAAUUUUUCGUUUCCCACUCAGCAUUGUAUCUCCUCUGAGCCUGCAAAACCAAUUUGGAAACAGGCAAAGUAAAUAGAAGAGGGUAUCAACAAACAAUUGAUAACUUUUGUCCUUAUUCUGGCAAUUGCUGGAUUUCGAAGUAAUACAGAAAACGGUGUCCCUCAUUUCUUUUCCAAACAUAAUCGCAUUAUCGCUGACGCUGGUGAUGGAAAGUUAUAUAUUUCGCUUCCAGCAAUUUCUUCCGAGCCCAAAGGAAAUUGUUGAACGAAAGUAAACUUCUCCAUUUCAGCGCGAUGCCGUCGAUAUGAUUCAGCGUUGCGAUCAAAUGUUGAAUAGAAAUGAGAAACGAAAAGUUUUCCUAUCACCCACAUCAGUUUGCUGUUUGUAGAAAAUUUAAAUGAGCGGAAAAGGCAACGUGUAAAUAAAUCGUAAUCGUAUUCCAUAAUGUUCGUUUAAUUCAGAUGCACGCGUGGAUAUUUCUAUUUAGUAAUAUUAAAAACGGAAACACGCUUUCCAAUCAAACAAUCUUGUAAAAAUCACUGUUUAGAAGAAAUAAAUUCGCCAUUUCACUGUAAAAUCUGUUUUUAAAGUACUUUUAAAAUUGUACCUGUUGAUAGUGAAGAAAAUGAUAUGAAUUUCUUGGAACGAUAAGGAAUACGAAAAGCGUAUGACUCAUUGAUGGUGCUGAUGAAACAAAAAAUGAGCGAAAACGGAAACGAAAAUUGCAAGUUUUAUGUGGUAGAAUAAUGGAAUGCAUACAUAAAAACAAGCCCGCAGCACAUUCAUGACUAUUUGAAACGAACUCAAUAGUUCAAAUUUUGACGAAUUUGGAUCUUCUGGGGCACAGUUAACUCAUGAGAAGAAAAACAAAACCAAAGCAUAGAUGUGUUAAGAAUAGCUGUUUGAAUCAAAACAAAAUCAAAGUAUAUAUAGGUGAAUAAGCAACAAAAACAAGUUUUGCUUUGUUUUUGCCACAAUUCGAAGGACAACACUGUGAGACAUAGUUUCGAUUAGUUAUUGUUAUGGUCGCGAAUACCAAAAUAAGGAAAAUGUAAAGCGAAAUGUAUGAAAAAUAUUCCAAUCGCGGAUAAGACAGAAGAUAGUUCAAUAAAAUGAUUUUGUUAUUAAAUUGAAACUCGUUUUUAUAUAAUCGAUGACAAAUAACUGAAGGAAAGAACGGUAAG